AGAACAGAAGGAGCCCUCUUUCUGCGUAUACAUUCGGAGAACAAAUCCGAUCUGAAGUUGUGUAUGUAUAUACAUAUACGUAAAGGUGAUUUAGCUUCUGUGCUGCGAGAGAGAGGGGGGGGGGGGGAGGUGAUCUGGUGCGGUUGGAUCCGGGGCAGCGAAGAUGGAGUCGUCGGAAAACAAGUACAAUGUGAAGAACCCGGCGGUGAAGCGGAUUCUACAGGAGGUGAAGGAGAUGCAAUCCAAUCCCUCCGAUGAUUUCAUGAGUCUCCCUCUCGAGGAGAAUAUAUUUGAAUGGCAAUUUGCAAUCAGCGGCCCCCGUGAUACUGAGUUUGAGGGGGGCAUUUACCAUGGACGAAUCCAACUGCCUGCAGAGUAUCCAUUUAAACCGCCCUCUUUUAUGCUGUUGACGCCUAAUGGUCGCUUUGAGACACAAACUAAGAUAUGCCUAAGCAUAUCAAAUCAUCAUCCUGAGCAUUGGCAGCCAUCAUGGAGUGUUCGGACUGCUUUAGUGGCUCUAAUUGCAUUCAUGCCCACCAAUCCUAAUGGUGCAUUGGGCUCAUUAGACUACAAGAAAGAAGAAAGGCAUGCUCUUGCAAUCAAAUCUCGUGAAGCUGCCCCAAAAUUUGGCACUCCGGAACGGCAAAAGCUGAUUGAUGAGAUACACGAGUAUAUGCUAAGCAAGGCACCUCCUGUUCCUCAGCUCAACCCUUCACAGGCUUCCAAAGAAAAUGCUACCAACAAAGAGGACGAUGCAAACCAGAACCCCCAAGAUGCAGGUGCAGUCGCUGCUGGGGAAGCCAUUGCAAGUUUGGAUGUGGGUGAUAGGAUUGUCGAAGAAGUGGAUGAAGCGCCGGGGCAAUUGAAUCCCAUACCCGAGGGCUCGGUGGCACCUGUGCGGAUUCAGGCUGAAUCCUCGAGCGUGCAGCUCCUGCGGAGGUCAGGACCGAGAGCACCUAGGCCAAACGAUGAGCGCCUGUUCACAUGGGCUGCGGUUGGGCUUACAAUUGCCAUUGUUGUACUUUUGUUGAAGAAGUUCAUUAAGGCUAGCGGGUAUGGUGCUGUUUUCAUGGACGGAUCGUAGGCAUGAGGAUGGAGAUUGAUACCCAGCUUCGAUGUCCUACGUAAAUUUGAGACAUUAUGUUGAAUUCUCUACCCAACAGGUCUUAAUUUGUAUUAUAUAUAAUACUCGUCUAGUUAAUACCUCAACUGCCAAGAAUAUAAAUAUGCAACAUGCUCGCAUAUUUGUUAGAUUUGUAUGAAUUUUGUUACAAGGACGAGACCAGAAUGGCCUAAUCAAUUCCACAAAGUGUUCUGAGUUGAAAACGGAAA